AUGCUACCGACAUACAGUAUGCGAGCUAUAGUCGUGGCGUUGCUGCUCUGUGCAUCUACAGCCUUGUCUAACAGCAACUCAACCUACCUCAACCCUAUCCUGCCGGGCUUUCACCCGGACCCAAGCUGCAUAUUCGUUCCCGAGGUCAAUCAUACAUUCUUCUGUGCGACCUCUUCAUUCUCGCUGUUCCCUGGCAUCCCAAUAUAUGCGUCCAAGGAUCUGGCUCACUGGAGACUAGCGUCCCAUGCGAUAUCCCGACCUGAGCAGCUGCCUGACUUGGCCCUGACCAAUGGCUCAACAUCAGGAGUCUGGGCACCUACGAUAAGGUAUCGAGAUGGCACUUUCUACAUCACUUCGACGCUGGUAUUUGACGACUUCCGCGACAACAAUGCUUCUCGCUUCGACAAUUUCAUCGUGCACUCAAAAGAUCCUUUCAGCUCCUCCUCUUGGAGUGACCCAGUACACUUUCCUUUCGUGGGCAUCGACACCAGCCUCUUCUGGGACGAAGACGGGGCCACAUACUUCCAAGGUGCAAGCCCUACAUGGAUCAAGAAAGGAAUCUAUCACUCCAAGAUCGACAUUCAUACUGGUGCUCUGAGUGGUCCUUUGGUAAAUCUCUGGAACGGUACUGGAGGCAACUCCCCUGAAGGGCCUCACAUCUACCGCAAAGACGGAUGGUACUACCUAUCCAUUGCUGAAGGAGGAACUGGAUUACCGCACGAAGAGAACGUUGCUAGAUCAAGAUCACUCGACGGACCUUACGGGUCAUAUGUCGGCAAUCCCAUCUUGACGAACGCCAAUACAUCGGCGUACUUCCAGACCGUUGGCCACGCCGAUAUUUUCCAAGACGCCAAGGGCCAGUGGUGGGCAGUGGCUCUUGCAACUCGAAGUGGACCUGAGUAUACUGUCUAUCCUAUGGGCCGUGAGACGAUCUUAACACCCGCCGUUUGGCCUGAAGGUGGCUGGCCUCGGUUGAGUAGGGUGAAGGGUGAGAUGACUGCCCAUCAACUGCCUCCAACAGAGAUCAUUGAGCGAGGUGAAGGCCAGCUGAUUGGAGAGCGGGACAUUGUGGACUUUACCCCUGGGACCAGCCUCCCAACUCAUUUUCUCCACUGGCGAGCUCCUGUGCCAGAGAACUAUGAAGUGUCACCACCUGGACAUGAUCAUCAGCUCGAGCUUAGGAGUUCAAUGCUCAACCUCACAGGCUACGAUGGCAAUACAACCAACCACCACGGAGGCUUGACUUUCGUCGCUCGCCGUCAGGAGGACACGCUCUUCACGUACUCGGUGGACCUAGAGUUCAGUCCUGAUGCCGAAGAGCAAGAAGCCGGAGUCUCUAUCUUUUUGACGCAGGAUCAUCACUAUGAUCUUGGACUGGUUCUACUUCCAUCCGCCAAUGACAGUGAAGCGUUGACAAUGCAUCUUCGAGCCGGGGGCAUGUCGUUGAGAUCGACCCCAGAAACGCUGAUCGCGAUGAACAGCACAUGGCUUGGCCAGGCCAUCACCCUCGAGAUCAAAGCAUUCAACUUCACGCAUUAUAGUCUCUCAGCCGGACCAACCCAACAUGCUCAUCUGAUGCAGACAAUUGCGAACAUUGGUAGGAGCUUAUUGUACCACUAA